CAAGCAUGUGACGAGUUAGUUUUCACGACACGGGAAUACAAUGAAAAUGACAACCACCUCCUGCUUAAGUGCAGGGUGAUCAGAAACAAGAUUUAUACAGCACUGGUCAUCACGUCCAACAGGAAAGCUAAGAUGGCUGAGAACACAGCAAAGUGAGAGAAAUUAAUAACAAAUAAAUCCAGGGGGUCAUCGCCAAACACAAAGCACAUCUCCAAUGAUUCAGACUCAAGUGAAGUGAAUGAGCUCAGCCACGCCAGAACUGGCUGGAUGGCAACCUACUCAGCAAUCCCUUCAAGAAGCCAUCCAUUUAAAGGAACCCAGGGUGUGGAAUGAACCUCUGGUCCCACUGGCAAUCAUGCUUAUGGUGGACACUGACAGCAUGGGCAGCACAUUGGAAAAUGAGCGCAGCUUUAAAGAGGCAGGAAGCUAUUUCUAACAGCAAGCUGGGGUGUUUAGGGCUACAGGGUGGUUUGCCCCACAAACUGAUUUCAAGCUGAUUGCUCACGGACUUCCCACCUCAUCAGGAACCCCCUUUCCCACUCUUGACUCACAGGCUUCCAUACCACCUGUCAAGAGCCACUUCAGAGGCCCCUUGCACAUGCCUUUCCUGACAGCCCACCCCCCCACCUCUGAGUCCAAAGGGGUCUUGCUACCUCACAUCCCCAUGGCAUGUGAGCCCCCCAUCUCCAGGCUCUAGGAGUGGGCCUCGCAGCGUGGGGGCUCUGGCUGGCUCCAGCUCCUUCACCACGAGUAAGCCUCCCACUCUGCUCUCUGGGCUGGAGGAGCCCUCACUUCAGGCUCCAGCCUCACCUGGGCUCCCUUACUGAGAAUACACCUCUCUGUGGCGGCUGGAACCUCAGAGAGAGGGUUUAAAGUGGCUGGACUGCAAGGUAGCAGCGCCCGGCAGAGAACACAACUGCAGCAGGGCCUUGUCUAAGGCACCUCCAGAAAGCUGCCCAGGGCGGGAACUGAGUCCCGGGCUCAGGAGUUCUGGGAAGGCAUCUCCUUGCAAAGAGACCUGGGGGUCUGGUCAGAACUGCUACCGUCUGAGGUAACUUAAAUGCGCCCCUGGGGAGUAGGAACAGGGUGCGGGGUGCUGAGGAGCAGGAAUGUGGGGUGAGGAGGCUUCCCACCCAGGGCAGCUUCUCUGAGAGCGGAAAGGCUGUGAAGACAACCAAGAGUGGGGGCAAACGAGACGUCCUCCAGUCUGGGAGGCCCUUUUCUGAUUCCUUCAUAGUCCCCAUCCUCUCCCUGUCUCCCAGAUAACCAGAAAGUUCCACACGGAGAGCACUGGCUACAGACCUCCUCCCUGGCUGCAGAGAGUGGCUGGUGUCCUGAGUGCAACCUCUAGUCUCGAUACCUGAGAAGGGAACUGGGCUGAAGCAGCCAGGGAGGGUCUGGAAAGCCAGAUGACAUUGCAGCUCUGUUUCCCUGGAAUGAGAUGGGCAGUAACUCUGCGCCCCCCAGAAGACCCAGUGAAGAGCAGGCCGGUCCCUCAGCACAUCCCAGCCCAACAAGUGACCACGGGGACAAGGGGGACCCAGCCACCUGGCCACCAGUUUCCACUGCCACCUCCUGCCUCCCUGUCCCAUCCUAGGAUUCUUGGGGCUUCAGGAAUCAGAUUGCCUUCCUGUUGGCUGCUCCACUAGACAGUAGGCUAUUCCAGAAUCACCUUUUAAAAUGCAGAAACAAUGCUCCCUACACCAAAAAGUCUUUGACAUUCUCAGGGAAUUAACAACAAAGACAACAAAUGGGUACCAUCAAUGUUCUCUAAGCAUGGGAAUGGCUCGAGCUACCUUCCCUUAAAGGAUUUCAGUGACUCUGGCCCCUUCAGUGUAACCUCUCCCUCAAUUUGCCUCCACCCAAUCUGGGCCCUCAGGGCAGCCUCUCCAGUGGGCCAGAGACAGGAGGGAGGGCAAAUCAGUGGGAGGUUUGGGCAGAGGACUUGCUCUGCUCUGCAAGGGGCAGCCCCAGGGGCUUAAGCCUCUGACCUUGGUGCCCAAGAAGGUUCAAGAGGACAAUGGAGAUGGUCCUGCCAGAGGGAGGCCAGCCCUCCUUCUCCUGUCAGCUGGUGCACUCUCCUUAGCAAGGCUGUGUUCACAUCAAGGCAUUCUGCCUCACCCGCAAGGAGGACACAUGGGAGAAAAGAAGACCUAAGUGGCUGUGUGGCAUUCCAAACACUUGGCCACAAAAACAACCAGAGCAACGGGACGGUGGCCACAGAGCGCUGUGCUCCACACAAGAACCCCCAGGGCCAGCUCCUCACUUUCAACUGACACUUAAGCCUUGAUCUUAACAGGACCGAAUUUAGGAGAUGAGAUGACAUGCAUUAUGUUAACCGUUUAACAUCCCUCAAAAUCCAUCUCGAGUACUACUGUUACAUGGAGAAACCUAGCAUCCGAGUAACAUGGGCACCACUCUGCGGAUGGGUGGUACUCAGCUGCUUCCAGCUAGGACUGCCUGGGGAAAGAUGGGGCAACCAUGGCAUCACCUGGACCUCCACCUCCAGUCACAGGUAAGACCAAGGCCACAGGCGUCUGGGGGAGGCAGGGGCCGGUGGCCUGGCAGUGGCAGCCCUGGGAGGACCUUACCCCUCUCCUCCUGGGAUCUGUCAGUGUGGGCAGGUCACUAUGAGGUGAGCACUGGGAAAGCUGCAGCUUACUGAAAUGUCGUACAACUUAACACUUAAAUCCACACGACAAAAGGAAUGGAGACAUCUCCCUUCGAGUUCCCAGAUGAAGAAGGUGUGCUUUAGGAAGAGCUUCCUCAGAAGUGGCUGCAGGCCUACCAGGGGCUGUCCCCAUGUGCACCAGGUCCCACCCCACACUGCCAUUCUUGGGGUCCUUCUCAGCACAGGGCUCAGAGUCACCGGAGUCAUAACACAGGGAGAGCUGGGCUGUGAACCAGCCCUGCCCAACUCCUCCGCACGCUGUCCACCCUCAGCGGGCCACACGGCAGGCUGCGUGUGGUGACCUCGAGCGCAGGGAGCCCGAUUUCCAUUUUUACCCCGAUCUUACUGGCAGCCUAUUUCCUACUACAUCUGUUAUACUUCCUUCAACUCAGAAAGAAAAGCAGCAAAUUAAUUUGCAAAGCUCUGAAAUAGUCAUUUUGCACAGUAAGAAACCCUGGUGAGGUCACCCCUCUGCAGCUGGGCUGCAGUCUGCAGCUCACACCCUCCUUUCUUGCGCUGUGAGGGAAGCGGUUCUGGUCAGCCUGUCGGUCACAGCCUGUUGUGCAUGGGGAACUGUUCAGGCCUGAACUCACAGCGCAACUAAAACCAAACUUACUUCCAAUGUGAACUGCAGUGCAACCCCCAACUGAAGAUGCAGAGCCUGGGCUGCCUGUGGAACACAGGGAGCCUCUCAGGACUCUGUCCUCCCUGUACCCUGGGCUGGCAGGCACAGCUCAGCACCCUCACUAAGAACUGCUUUCCAGACCAGAGGCGCUGCAGCCCAAAUGCUCCUUGGUGUGGCUCGUGUGACAUCAAACAAGCGCCCCAGGUAGUCCCUGUGCAGCCAAGGUGAUGACUAUGAAAGCUUGCUUACCAGGGAUAUGCAGGCAUAAACCCAAGUGAUGAAAAUGAAUUCUGAGCUCUCUGAGCAGACUAAUACCUCUGAGCAGUGAAAGGAGCAGCACAGAGCGAAUCCUCUUAAGGACACGGCACUACACCACCCCUGAUGAACGCUUGUGCGUGCGAGCCUGCUGAUUACAGCCUGCGGCAUAACAGAGGGCCUCGGGAGGGCAGGCUCAUAGGUCUUCAAGGCAAGAUCAGUCCAGUGAGGUUGGAAAAGACAUCCCCAAACGCUGGACUCUUAGGGUGCCUCCAUGGGACUAAGUUAAAAAGGAUCAACAAAGUGAGCGCUGCAAAUAAAAUCAAUGCCAAAUGCGAAGUGACCAUCAUCCCAGGUCAUUUUCUUUGAAAAACCAGAGUAAGACACAAUAAAGUCAUCAAUCUAUUUAGAAUUAAGAGUUUUUCAUACUAAAAUUUAACCACAUAAAAAAAAAAACUCAUUCUGAAUGAUCAGAACCAUUUACUUUAAAGUUGAAAUAUUUGCUUGCUAAUUCGUUUUUGGGAGAAGAAAGGAAUCUGAAAUUACUCAAAUGCUUUAAGUUUCACAAACAAUAAAGUGACUCAGCCAUUAAAGUGAGUGACCAAGAGAAGGGAGGGAGAAAGCGAAAGGACCCUUCAAAAGCCCAAGGUAAACAGAACACUUUUGGAGUAUGUUGAGAGGCAUUUACUUAAAAAGGGGGAAAAAAAAAAAAAGACUAAAUGAUGUAAAAAGGAAAAUGCUGGGGCAAUUAUGAAAACGGUGACAAAGUGACACAGACUCCUGGGAAACUGGCUCUGAGUCCAGGCCCGCACCACUGUUCCUGGGAGAUGCAGAGGUAGCUGCCGGCUCUUCACGUGCUCAAGGCUGCGGUUUCAGCCCCUCAGCUGGUGAGGUCAUAUGCAAGAGCGCAGUUUUUCUAACAUCCACAGAAUUUCUGCUUUUGUUUCAUGCCUCGAGGCUCGUACUUUGAGCAACGUGACAACAAGAAGUAUGUUAAGAUUCCACUGGGUCUUGCUAGCUGCAUUUUGUGAUGGCAAGUCCCUACUGCGUGGGCACCAUCGCUGUGUUUUAAGGAAGUUCAGUCUCUAGAUGCAACUGUAAGAAACCUAUGGCAGGCCAAUGCCAGUGUUCUUUGCUGACCCCUCAGUUGGCCCCAGGCCCACCAGGACCGCCCAGUGCAGCAAUAAGCUAUGUGCCGAGUUUCUCCACGGCUCUUUGCACAGAACGGACACCCUGACAAGGCAUCAAUUUAGCCUGGCUUUUGGCUGGCAGGUGAAAAACCCCAAAGAUGACAGAAACGCAGGGUGACAGCUGAGCGCAAUUUUCAAGACGAGCUUGCCUUUAAACUGAAACAUCUCUCGAGGCCAGACAGAAGCUCCUUGCAAACAGAGUAAAGAGGUACAAAUUUCAACUUAACCACAUAAGACAACAUUUGAGAAAUGGUAUACACAAGGUACUCGAAGAGACGGCACUCGAAAGCCCACGGCAUCCUAAACUCAUAAAACACACCGGUUUUACUGGUCAGCACUUCAAGCGGCUCUGCUCCACGUGGAACGCAUUCCUCGUGUCAGAGACCCUGACCAGCAGGCAGCUUUCUGAAAGAACACUUCAGAAUAGGCGUAAACGAUCAGCACUGGAGCCUGAAACACGAACAUUUAUAAGUCUUUCUUACAAAGCGGAUGCUUCCUAUUACAGUUUGAACACAACUGAACUAUUUAAGAGGAAAAACGAAAGAAGUUUACUUUUAUUCCUUUCUGUGCCUGUCAGUUGUGACCGGGCAAAGGGAUGAGUCUGGUGACAACUGAGCCCUCCACGUGCAGCCGCAGAUGCCCUUGGGGACCUCCCUCAGUGCCCACACCAAACUCAAAGGCUCUGUCCUUGAAACUCUGAGUAGGAACUUCUCUGGGUCAUUCAGAAAACAGUGACCCAGGAAAGCAGGAAGGCCCUGAGGGCACAGUCAGGACCGGACCGCCAGCCACCAGAGCCACCCAGGGCCCUUACCCAGAACUCUUCACCCAGAGCCCCUCGCCCCCCAUGCUUUCCUUUCCCCCCUCAUUCCCAAAAAGCUGACAACUGUGUAUUUCGAGUCACAGAGAGAGAUCCAGAGCUGCCACACCAGGAUCUCCCAGGGUGACCGGGAAGGACCGCGCACACCAGAACCGCCCACCCCGAGGGCAAGGGUCCCGCCUGGCACACUACACAAACUAACCUAACGGGAGGGGCUGGAAGGGGCGUGCAGAAUGGAGGCCUCACAAAACAGAAAGCCAUAGGAGCCUCCGCGCAGCGACUACAAACCACGUCUACAUUAAAAAAACAUUUCCACAGGCUGAUGGCUCCAUCCACCAUCCUUUCUGUGGUGACGGCUCACAGGUGUGCAUGUGUCCAAGGGACAGUCGCUCAGGAAGCGUCCCACUCAACACGUGCAGGUCCCACAGGUCAGCAGCACCUCAGGAAGUACUCAGUGCACUGCCAGACGCUGUGCGCUUACUGCUUCCAUGCUAAUUUACUCACUGGCAGCCUAGCUGGACAUCCCGGCAUGUCCUCAAUCUGAGAACUGGGGACCAAAACGCAAGAGAGAACCCUUCUAAACAGGAAUCUUUGCCAGCAGAGUCCAAAUCUAGGAGCAGCAACAAUUCCCAGGCCACACUGCACGGUGGCCCACGUGAGGGAACGCGUGACCAGUGCCAGGACAGAAGGAGCCUUGGGGCACGCAGGGGAGAGAAGCACCGCGCCCCGUCAGUCAGGAGCCACAAACUGGCUCCACCUCCCAAACAAGGGCCUCUCUGGUCUUUAGUUUCUUCACUUACAAAACGAAAGGACCAGGAAAGUGAGGACGUGAGAGCUCUCCUGUGUCGCGUUUCCCACACUCUAACAUUUGGGCGUUGCUGGAAAACCUGCCCUCAAUCAGGAGCAGGAGCUCACGCUCACACGCCGGGCUGAUUCACCAUCAUGCAAGGUGAAGGGGCUGUUUAAGGCUGUUCGCUGGCAGCAUCAACCGACAACGGUCUUUCCACACGGUUCCCCCCGGACUCCACUGACAUCAGAUCAUCUACUCCAUUCUCGGUGAGAAAGAUCAGCCUCGAGCUAACGCUGACGCGUUGAGAGCAGGCACGUGCCCACACCUGGACGAGAACAGCAAGGAAGAGGUGUUGGGGAUGGGCUCUGAGGAGCUACGGCUGGCCUCCUUCUGUCACUGGCCGCUGACCGCCGUAGUACGACCCGAGCUGCUAGCUGCCGCUGGCUUCUUCCACACCGGCUGGCAGGACAAGGUGAGGUGCUUCUUCUGCCAUGGGGGUCUGCAGAGCUGGGAGCGAGGGGAUGACCCCUGGACUGAGCACGCCAAGUGGUUCCCCAGAUGUGAAUUCCUGCUCCAGACAAAAGGGAGGGACUUCGUCUGCAGGGUGCAGGAGUCUUGUUGCCACCAGCUCAGCUCCUGGGAUCAAUUGGAAGAACCAGAAGAUGCUGCCCCCUCAGUGCCCAGCACUCCUGUCCACCGGGGUCCUGACCCACCCAUGCCCAGAAGAGAGGCCCAGUCAGGUGCUAGGGAGCCAGGAGCCCAGAAUGUGGAGGAGCAGCUGCAGCGCCUGCAGGAGGAGCGGACCUGCAAGGUGUGCCUGGACCGAGCUGUGUCCGUCGUCUUCGUGCCCUGCGGCCACCUGGUCUGUGCUGAGUGUGCACCCAACCUGCAGAUCUGCCCCAUCUGCAGGGCCCCCAUCGACAGCUGCGUGCGCACCUUCCUGUCCUAGGCCAGGUGUUGUGAGCCCUGGCACCCUGUCCCUCAGACCACACCACGGGCCCGCGGAGGACCGCUGAGCCCCAACUCCCGGACCACAGCCCAGGGUGGAGGAAGGGCUGCGGAGGCCGGGCCUGGGGGGUGGGGGUGGU